AUGCCAUUUGGGGAAGCAUUGAUGAAGUGUAGAUUAUUGGCCAAGUGGCCACUCAUUCAAGUAACAAUGAGGAAAUAUGAUUCCUCAACUGAGGCUCUAGUGGCCACGAACAAUACAGUGCUAGAGGAAGAAGGCUUGAUCAAUUUGAGGUGCUAUUCUGAUAAAUCAGUUCAAGAAAUUAAUCUACAUAAUGCCAAAAGACAUCCAGCACUUAUAAUCUUCAAAAUGCAACAUUCGAUGGUAAUGCAGAGACUGCUACUUCAGGAGGCCCAGCAUCACCAGCAGCAGAUGCAAUCAUUAGUCAAAGCAAUGGAACAGCAACAGAGGCUGUUUACUAAAUAUACGGAGGAGGGAAUGGAUGAAGUAAAUGAAGAGGAGGA